GCCAACAGGAAUUUCAAGACCUUUCUGGAUGUUUGGGUAUAGUUACUAUAGACAUGCCUGAACCGGCUAAGUCUGUUUCUGCUCCUAAAAAGGGCUCUAAAAAAGCUGUGACCAAGGCCCAGAAGAAGGACGGCAAGAAGCGCAAACGCAGCCGCAAGGAGAGCUACUCCGUGUACGUGUACAAAGUGCUGAAACAAGUCCAUCCGGACACCGGUAUCUCGUCCAAGGCCAUGGGAAUCAUGAACUCCUUUGUCAACGACAUUUUUGAGCGCAUCGCUGGCGAGGCAUCGCGCCUGGCGCAGUAUAACAAGCGCUCGACUAUCACAUCCAGGGAGAUCCAGACCGCCGUGCGCUUGCUGCUACCUGGGGAGCUGGCCAAGCACGCCGUGUCCGAGGGCACUAAGGCUGUCACCAAGUAUACCAGCUCCAAGUAAAUAAAAUAUGA